UUACAGUUUACAUUUUACCUUUUAUUACGUUUUUUUUUUAUAAGACAUUUAUAUUUUCAAGGACCUUAUGUUCAGUUUGAAGAUAAUUUUCAGUUUGCAUUAGACGUAACUAAUUUAGUGACAAAUUAAGUUACAAACCAUUACUAUGACUGAGCCAGGUGACUUCUCAGUUGAGCCUGAAGUCAGUCCAGACCCUCAGCUACAGUUUGAAGAUCAAGCUACUGUUUCUAAUGAACAGCAAGAGCAAACACAACUAAGAAGAAGUCAGAGAGUGAAAACGCUAACAGAGAAAGGAAGAGAAAUGCAGGAGGAAAGGAUUCAAGGACUCCAGCAAAGAUUUAACUAUAACUAUGAAAAGUGGAGAACAAGAGCCAAAUCAUCCAAGCAACCCCUCUCUCAAUUAGACACAUUAAGUGACGAUUUACUUAAAGACAUUAUUGGUGAUGUUACAGGUCUUCGUGCAGAUGUUACAAAGGUGUAUGAAGAGUUACGCAAGCUUGCCCCACCGGAUCAAGUGACACGCCGCAGAGUCGAUCUAUGCGUAGAGAUCUCAAACUUCAUUGUCAAGAAAGCGACGAAUCAAUUGGAUGGAAAAAGUGUAGAGGAACAAGACUGGCCAGAUGCAGGCUCCCUCUUUCAGACAACAAACAGCAAG